AGGUAAACAUGUAUUAGAUAACAUCAGUAUGUUGUGUUAGGCCAAAAUGUAGCGGCUAGUUUGUGAGUCUUUGAGCGAUCGCCAUUCUGAUAACUCACUCGCAUGAUGUAAGUUCACGUGCAAUAGGAAUGGAAGAUGCUCAGUCGAAAUUUAAGCAAACGUUUAGAUCCACAGCGCCUAUGGAAAAUCAUCCAUGCCACGGGAACUCACGACCUCCGCCCGGAAAACUGGCUCAACCUGGACAUACCAAACUGUCAAGCACAGCACACGUCAAGCAGGGGACACCUGCGCACGUGAGACAGGCGACACCUGCGCCCGUGAGACAGGCGGCACCUGCGCCUGUGAGACAGGCGACACCUGCGCCUGUGAAGCAGCCAUUGCCUGCCGUGGGACAUCAGCCGUUUACCAGCGUCCUAGAGGAGAUCAGGCGAGCCACGGAGUUGAUCAACAAGUGCAGGAACGGCAUCUCUAGUCUAGAGGAGACGAUAGACAAACGCAGCCAGCAGGAACAUUACUACACCCCAGCACCCGAGCACCCCCAGCUGACCGGAAGUCAGACGGACGAGGGUCAGUUUGCCGGUAUGGUCCAGUCGGUGGAUGAGAUUCUGUCCCCCACCCCCAGUACCGUGGAUACAUCGGACAGACUUCCAGAAAUGGUGGCCUGGAAACAUUCCCUGGACCUGGAAUACCUUCAGCCCAAGUUUAACUUUAUUUUACCUGAGGUAUUCAACGCCCUACGUUUAGUGGAUGACGCCAACAUACGAUCCCAGUUCGAGUUCCUGCUGAACGACUUUCGGGGCAUGUUCCUGGAACGUAAGGAGGCGGAGUCUGAUUCCAUCUCGUUGUUCUUGGAUGACAUUCGGGUGUGGCUGAGGGACCCUAAGGCUGGCAUGACCCAAUUGUUUGGGGACGACAAGUUUAAACAAAUCAGUUCCACCACGGCACUGAGAGUACAGGAGGCAAAAGAACUUCAAAAACAAGUUUUUGUGAUCAACGACUACUUCUCCAGUCAAAUGUCUCAGGCCAGGGGAAGUAACAGGGCUUUACUUGACCAGAAUAAUAAAAUACCCAGUUGUCUCCCUGUCAAGUAUGUCCUGAGGCGCCAGCACAAGGGGAACAUGCUAAGGGAGGCAACCCAGUCGUGUGGGGGUGAGGGGGACGUCGCCAGUCAUUGUGUGGUUGACUCGACCAGCACGUGUGUGUGCAACCCGAGCCUGGGCAACCCGUGUAUGAACAACUCAUGCAUCAACAACCCGGUCAUGGUCAACCCGGUCAUGAACAAACCGUGCAUCAACAACCCGGUCAUGAACAACCCGUCCAUCAACAACCCGUGCACGGAGAUUUCCCAGCUGUUGGAGCAUAUGCAGGCGCUUUCCAAGUCACUAAGGGACAGGGAGCGGCGGAUCACGUCACUCCGUAAGAGCACGGCGCUGCUGUCCUAUGAGAUCGAAGACGUAGAGAACACCCUGGAGGCAUGCGACGAGUACUUGGAGAAGAUGAGAAGCGACCGAUACCCUGUCGUGGGCGAUCUUCUACGUCGCGAGAUGUGCGCCUUUCAAGAAUCGAUACUUGCUAGCAUCUUUAGCUGUAUCGAUAUCUUGUACGAGCAACUAAAACCCUUACACAAGGGGGAGGAGGAGAGGUCAGCGAGGUCAAUGACCGCCUACAAGAAAUACACCAGGCUGAAAAAGGAGGAGGAGAAGCUGGACACCAACCUGGCGCUGGUCAGUAACCAUGGCAACCAGACGGUCCAAGACUUCGUGCACAACGCCGACCUGCCCGUCGUGUGCUUUAACGAGGAUCUCUUCAAGACCAUCAAGACGGUGGUGGCCGGGAUCGACGUGUUUCAGGAGGCGUGCGUCGACCUGUGGAGCGACACCCUGCGGCGGAUCACGGCGGAGGUCGAGUCCCUGCUGGUCCGGUGCCGCCCCUGGGUGGAGCCGCCCAUCACCGGCUGGACGAACCCGGCCGAGGUCAGCUUGACCAGCAAGUCAGCUCUGGAAACUGACCUGCAGAAUUUAAAACUCCAGUCCAUCAAGAACCCCGACCUGCAGGACGAGCUGUUCGUCUCGUCACUGAAGCUUCUGGAGCGGAUGGCGAGCGAGAUCAGCAGGGUGAUGGUCACGACCAGACUCAGGGACCUGCAGCUCAUCUCUCUCGACCACAAGAUAGGGCUGGUCUACCUAUCGCUCAACCGAAAAGCUGCGCUGCUCACCAAGAAACACAAGCGCCUGCUCCGGCAGCGGGAGAACAAGAUCAAGCUGAAGAAACUGGUGACGGAACAUCUCCAGGGGGGCGUGGCCCACAAGAGAGUCGACUCCGCCCAGAAGACAUGUCUGUCUGCGAGCUGCAUCCCACCGUCAAAAAACGGGAAAAAUGUCCGGUUAAGGUCGUCUGCCGGCCGUCCAGUGAGCGGCAACGACUCGGACAACCCGGAAGUGACGAGUGAGUCCAAGGCGACCCAGGUUCAGAGCAUGCCCGGUGGGAGAUGUCUGGUUGGGAAGAAAAAAGUUUUGAGAAGAAACGGCUCUAAAGAAAAAACAAAAACAAAACAGAAUUUAGCAGAGACGACGACGCCCGGCGAGGUAGAGACGGAGGGUAUGGAGACGGAACUGGUUAACAUGAUCGAGGGGACGCGCUCCCUCACGCCCCACAUGGUGUCCGCAGCAGACAUGAACAUGCCCCUGACGACUUUGUCCGACACCAGUGGCAUCAGGCCACGGGCAGACGCGGGCACCAAGGUGAAAAACGACAUCAGCCCCUGGUCCGCACGACUGGACGGGAAACCGGAAGUAGCCGAAGACCGCGGGGACGGCGGGAAAGUGACGUCAACAAAACUUGGGCAACGCCGGCGCAGCCCGAGCAUGAAGAGAAUCGUACCGCAACGCAAACUUCUGCCCCGGUCACAGAGAAUCGAAUACAGGAAGGAAGUUUAUGAACUCCGGGACGACAAUGGGAAAAGUUUAGAUAUCAUGGGGAAUGUGAUCAAUGUGUUCAACCACAAGACUAUUUACUACGGCAGUGUCUUGCCCAUCCCAACACCACCCCCUCGGGACAAAAACAACUGUAGCUAGCCCCACCCCAACAAUCAACACAACUAUGGUAAGCCCCGCCCCAUA